UCUGCUGGUAUUGGUGAUGGUGAUCAUCCAGCAGCUGAGCGGCAGCGUAAAGCCUAAAGGAAAAAAAAUAAGUAUUAACGUUUUUCUGAAAUCCAUGGCAUUACGCUUGCAUUCGUGAGAUUGUUCAAAUAGUUGAAAGGAAGAAAACAAAAGAACAGCAACAAAAAUAAAAAUCGAAAAAAAAAAAAACAUUUCAAGCGGGAAAAGUGAAAUUCAAAUGGGAAAUCGUUUUCACUUUCGAUUCAUACGAAAAUCAGACAUUAUUUUGUAUUAUAAAACCUGAGGCAACAGCAACGAAAUAUUGUGGAAUUAAAAAAAAAAGAAGAAGAUAACAGUGGUCCUGUGUAAUAAAAUCCUGCCUCCUUCCGUAAAUCAGUAUUCUUAACAACAAGCCAAAAAAAAUAUAGCCACCAUGAAUUUUAUGACACUGUGUUACUUCCUGUUAGCAGUGAUCGGAUUUAGUGAAGCCAGAUCUCGUCCUGCCGUUGACAUUUGUGAUCGUCAGCCCACCAUUACCGGUCUAUGCUUGACAUCUACCCUGGGUAUUUAUUAUGAUGCUGAGACGCAACAUUGUCGCUAUGUUGGCUGCAGUCCCGAUAAGAAGUUGUUUACCUCGCUGGAGGAUUGUGAGAAGAUUUGCAAUAGCAAGAGAAGAAGGAAUCGUCGAAAUCGCCAAUCGAGAAAUCAAAUAUAGAUGGCGCAGCAGGCAGCCAAUUAGUCAACUAUGACGGAUACCAAAGAUAUACUCCUCCUAGACUACACUUUUGUAGAGUUUUAAGUUAAACGACGUGUAUUACCGAUGACCCUGACUUAGAUUUCAAAAUGCCGUUGCAGUUGCAAUUGUUUUUGUACAGUUUCGGAGUAUUGAUGUUAUUGUUGUUGUGUGUGAGAAGAAUAAAAAAUAUAAAUAAAUCGUAAUUUAUUAUUUUGUAGAUAACGAACGAAUGCAA